AUGGAUAAUAAUCAUAAUAAUAUUAAUAUCCUCAAUUCAAACAAUAACAAUAACACUACCAACAACAACAACAAUAAUGCGGGAAAGGAUGGAAUUUAUUCAAUGACAAACCCUCAAUCCACAGAGAACGUCGACGCUUCCGCAAAUCCAUCCUUGGAAAGUACUGAUUUUAAUAGUAAUGAUGCUAAGGAAUCACCAGUAUCGUCAGUGACAUCCAUCGGCGAUAAUGGAAGUGCGAGUGGGAAUUCCUCUUCAACAAUGAGUUUGAAACAUACGAGGAAGAAAUGGAAAGAACAUGAAGACAUUGCAUUCUUAAAAGUCUUAAUAAAUAACUCUCAAUUGUUAACCUAUGUGGAAUAUUUUAAACCAAUGAAAAAUUUCUGGAUUAGAUUAUCUCACAUUCUUAACGUUCAAUAUGGGUAUGAAAGAAAUCCAAGACAAUGCCAUGAUAGAUUUAAAGUCUUAUAUUUCAAAGCUUCCAAGGCUGAAAAUACACAAACUUUACUAAGUUAUUCAAAUCCCGAUGAAAUGAUAAAUUCAAAAAAUGAAUUGGAAUAUCGUUUAUUUCAAUUAAUAAACACUUUCAGUUAUCAUAAUGGCAAUAUAAUAUUAAAACAUCAACAUCAAUUAGCCAAUGAAAGUGAAAAAAAUAUAUUGAAUCAAGAUAUGACUUUACAAAUCAAUCCGGUUUCAAACCCAUCCUCAGCAUCUUCUGUGAAUAGUAUAGAUAAUAUUUCUAAAGUACAAUUUCUUCAAAAUCAAGGACCCAACCAAGCACAACAACAGGGUGUCUCUAUUCCAAAUCAACGACAAUCACAAUUUAUUCCUCAAAAUGAACAAAUCUAUAGAGAUUCCAUGAAUCAAAUGUUAAUAAUCAAUGAACUGAAAGAACAAGUAACUGUACUAAGAAAUGAAGUUAAUAUUCUGAAUAAUAGAACCGUGGAACAAUCAAAAUUUAUUCAAACAAUAUGGUCAAUGAUUCAACCACAAUUGAAUCCAGGUGGUGGGCCUGGUACUAUUACAAUUGCUGCACAAUAUCCACAAUAUGAACCGCAAGAUAAAUUCCCUCCCCUUCGGAGGUAUCCAGGCGAUCAACCUCAUUAA